AUGCUCCAGCCUGAGCUCGCCCUCGCCACGCCCAUUCACCUGAGCUCCGAUGUGGGCCAGGUGCCGCGCGCCGACUUCCCGGGCCGACCCGUCGGGCAGUUCCGCCGCAUCCGCGACAUCCGCAAUCACAGAGAGAUUCCCGCACAACUCAAGGAGGCCAUCGAGUUCUGCUUCGACAAGGCCACCGAGACCCGCUGGUCCGCCGAGACCAAGGGCUUGGCCGCGUACGGGGUCAGCGACUUCCUCGAGGGCGUUGUCAAGCCCGUCAAGGAGUAUUACGAUGGCGUCAAAAAGAACUUCAAGUACGCGAAGCAGUUUACUCUGCUCGCUCAGCAAUAUCAGGAGGGCGACGCUGAACUGGUUCAAGAUGCGUCGCAGUAGUCGAGCAUGUUGGUGUGUUGGCUUUCGCCGACCCCUGAAUAGAC